AUGCCGGACACGUCCAUGAUCCAAUUUCCUUGCCGCUGGGCAGGCUGCCAAGUGCAGAUGCCCACGUUGGAAGAGCUAGCUUUGCACGUCCAGAAAUUCCACUUACAUCCGUCGGCGACGACACAGGAUCCAGCAGCUUGGCACGAUACCCAAAAUAUGGCUGCGUCGAUGUCAUCUCUGCUACCAGGUCCGACUACCUCCUCCAGUGCAUUGACGCCCUCUACACCUAUGCCGAUCUCCACAGCACCCAAUAAUCCACUUCCCUCCGAGAUCAAAUUGGAUCUCACCGAACAUUUUCGUGAGGCAGAGGCGCUAUUGCAAGAGUCGCAUACGGCGUGUCUAUGCCCUCCCGCCCAGGAAGGUCGCAAGCGGCACCCAUGUGGCUGGAUUCAUUGUACAGAGAGUUUCGACACACACGCUGAACUUACAGCACAUAUAACAGCUCUGCAUGUGGGAUCUGGCAAGACCGAAUACGAGUGCGGUUGGGUGGGCUGUCCCCGAGCACAGGAAGGGCGCAAGUUCUCCCAGAAACAAAAAGUACUGCGUCAUAUCCAAACGCAUACAGGCGAUCGUCCCUAUGUAUGCCCAGAGUGCCACAAACGCUUUAGUGAGGCCAAUACGCUGACACAGCAUAUGCGCACACAUACCAAUGAACGUCCAUACAAAUGCGACUUUCCAGGCUGUAACAAGUCCUUCAGCGUCGUUGGCAGCUUGACCAUUCACAAGCGGACGCACACGGGCGAUCGUCCUUUCAAAUGCCCCUAUCCUGGAUGCGGAAAGCAGUUUUCGGAGAGCAGCAAUCUGAACAAGCAUAUUCGUGUCCACCGCGGUGACAAGCCUUUCAAGUGUCCAGAAUGCGAUCGUCGCUUUACCCGACCGGAUCAGAUGGCGCGUCACCGGAAAGUGCAUGCCAAAGCAGCUGUUAGUGCCGCUGCGGCUCAUGCUACAGCGACGUCUACAUCGAAUUCACCAGCUCCAUCUUCUCACCCUGUACCCCCAUUGGCGUAA